UUUAGAGUAAGGAUCAUAAUUAGAAUAAAGCUAUAACUUAGGAACUCAAAUCACAUAAAACAAAACGCCAAAACCCACCUUAAAGGCUUUAAACCCUCCUUCCUUCUUAGGUUCGCUGCUACAUCAGCCUAAUUAUCUCUGAAAUUCAGCAGGCGACGUCGUCUCUUCGGGAAGCUUACCUCUGGAAAUGGAUGCUUUUCACUUUGACGAAAUCAUUAAGGUGGUGAAGGUGGAUGCUGAUGGCAAAAAGUAUGAAAAAGUUUCUCGCAUAGAAGCAGAAAGCAGUGAUGGUGCAACAUCAAUCCAGCUAGAUAUCAACUCAGAACUAUACCCCAUGAAGCGAAAAGAGUUGUACAGGAUGGUUAUAUCAACAACACUAAUGGAAGGGUCGGCUGUCACUAGCUAUCCUCCUGAGGGAAAAUCUCUUCUUGACAAAUUUGAAUACAUCGUGCAUGGGCUGGUGUAUAAGGUUUCAAUGGAGGGAUCAGGAGCUGACAAAAAAGUGGUGGUUUAUGUCUCCUUCGGAGGACUCCAGCUGAUGCUGAAAAGUGAUGCCCUCAAGAUGCAGAAGUUUAAGCUUGAUCAGAAGCUCUUUCUUCUUCUGAGGAAGAUGGUGAAGUGACUCCAUUUGUUGCUCUUGAGUCCUUAUGAAGCAGAGCAGAGACUCUGUGUAGAAGCUUUUAGCUAUCAAAUGUGAAACCUAUGAUGUUGAGCUGCAUCUUUGUUGGUGAUAUUAUGUACAGUUCUGAACUUAAUUAAGAUGCUGCUUGCAAUACUCUGCUCUUGGAAAACAUGUUUGUUUUGGAAGUGUUUGCUGGAAUAUAGCUCUGUGAACAAACUUACGUUAACCAUUUUUGCUUUACUGCAAACUUGCAAUGCACAAGUUGGUUGUAUUGUCAGUAUGCAUCACAUGUGAAGAUAACUGUUUGUGUACUGUCAUCUCGGCGUUGUUGCAAUGAACAAGUUGUCUGCA